AUGUCUGAUGAAGUGACCUAUGCAACACUUAUGCUUCAGGACUCUGCGAGAGUGGGCAGUCAUCAGGAUGGGAAUAACCUAAGAAGAGAAGGACACCCAGCUCAAUUCUCCAUUUGGCGAGGAGCUGCCUUGAGCCUGAUGAUCCUCUGCCUGUUGCUGGUGAUGGGACUGGUGAUCUUGGGGAUUAUGUUUUUGCAGAUGUCUAAUGAUAUUAACUCAGGUGCAGAGAAGUUAAGUCAACUUCAGAAAAUCAUCCACCCACAGCAGAACAAUCUGUCUGAGCCACUGAACAUCUCUACAAAGGAUCCCACAGAGGAAUCUCUCCAGUCCCAGAUCUCUGCCCUCCUAGAGAGGCAGGGACAGAUGGCUACCAAGCUCUGCAAGGAAUUCCUCAUCCACACUUCUGACCAUAAGUGCAAUCCUUGUCCUAAGACAUGGCAAUGGCAUGGAAACAGUUGCUACUAUUUCACAAAUCAUGAGGAGAAAUCCUGGAGUGACAGCAGAAAGGACUGUGCGGACAAGAAUUCCACUCUGGUGAAGAUUGACAGCAUCAAAGAAAGGGAUUUUCUUCAGGCACAGCCAUCACUCACUCUCUCGUUCUUCUGGCUGGGAUUGUCCUGGAACUCAACUGGCAGGCACUGGCUAUGGGAAGAUGGUUCAUCUCCCUCUCCAACCCUGUAA